AGCUAGCAAUAUUUUACUGUGCAUGGCUUUUCUUUUUCUUUUAAUUUUUUUUUAAGUUUUUCUAGUUUGAACUCAUUUUUUGACCGCAAUAAAUGGUCGGCUUAACUUCAAAUCAUUACUGCUUCUUCUUUCUUGGGCACAAAAGAUAGGGUUCUUCAAUUAUCAUAUACCAUUUUUCUCUACUAAUCAACCCCCAUUUGGUUCUUUGCCCAAAGAGCAGAUGUUUUUGUUCUUACAGUGCCAUGUAGUUUAUUGUCUUUGGAAUCUUGUGGUUUUUCAGCAACAUUUUGGCUCUUUUGAUUUUUGUUGAAUUUUUGCAAUCCCAUUGUGCAUGCAUUCUUGAAGAUUCACACUUUUAGCUUUAAAGAAGAGAUUGUUUUACCUGCAUUGCUUUUGAAUUUGUGGACUUCGUCCUGUAUUUGAUUACCCCGUGCGUUUGGUAGCAAACGUCUGCCCUGGAAGUGUGGUAUUCUGCUGAAAUUUGGAUCCUAUUUUCUUUAUUUUCUUGGAAAUUUAUACUUCCCAAUGCAUUAAAUAGAGGGGAUGAUUUGGGACUUGUUGAAUGAGGAAAAGGCUUGUGGACAGUGAUGAGAAAUGAGGAUUGACAAGGUUUGGGGAUAUGGGGUGUGUUUUUGGGAAAGAGAUUUCUUCAUCUUCUGGGCUAUCUAGUGGGGAGGGUGUAGUGAGAAAGGAGAGAGAGAAUGGGAGAGAUUUAUCAGUGUCAUCUGGGAGGAGAGAGAGAGUUGAGGUAGUGAGUGAGGCAGAGGGAAGUGGUCAGAAUGGUAGGGAUCAAAAGAAAGAAGAGGAAAAAGAGGGGAAUGCCCGGCCACCACGAGGCGAGAGGAAGAGGUCGAAACCAAAUCCAAGGCUUAGCAACCCUCCUAAACAUUUACAUGGAGAGCAAGUGGCAGCUGGAUGGCCAGCAUGGCUAUCUGAGGUAGCUGGAGAGGCUAUCAAUGGUUGGAUUCCACGCCGUGCAGAUACAUUUGAAAAACUUGACAAGAUUGGGCAAGGUACAUAUAGUAAUGUGUAUAAAGCUAAAGAUGCCUUAACUGGGAAAAUUGUUGCAUUAAAGAAGGUUCACUUUGAUAAUUUGGAGCCAGAAAGUGUGAGAUUUAUGGCCAGGGAGAUUUUGAUUUUGCGCAGCUUGGAUCAUCCAAAUGUAGUGAAAUUGCAAGGAUUGGUGACAUCAAGAAUGUCUUGUAGUUUGUACCUUGUGUUUGAUUAUAUGGAUCAUGAUUUGGCUGGAUUAGCUGCGAGCCAAGGAAUCAAGUUUACAGAGGCUCAGGUUAAAUGCUACAUGCACCAGAUAUUGUCAGGGCUCGAACACUGUCACAAGCUCCAUGUGUUGCAUCGAGACAUUAAAGGAUCAAAUCUUCUAAUCGACAGCGAAGGUCUCAAGAUUGCUGAUUUUGGGUUGGCCUCGUUCUUUGAUCCCAAUAAGAAGCAGCCCAUGACAAGCCGUGUGGUAACUCUCUGGUAUAGACCUCCGGAGCUUCUUCUCGGUGCCACAGAGUAUGGAGUGGGUAUAGACCUUUGGAGUGCAGGUUGCAUUUUGGCUGAAUUAUUCGCUGGAAAGCCAAUUAUGCCAGGUCGUACAGAGGUGGAACAGUUGCACAAGAUUUUCAAGCUCUGUGGUUCUCCUUCGGAAGAGUAUUGGAAGAAGUCGAAGCUACCUCAUGCAACGAUAUUCAAGCCUCAGCAAUCAUACAAAAGAUGCAUUGCCGAGACAUUUAAAGACUUCCCUCCUUCAUCAAUACCAUUAAUCGAGACACUUCUUGCCAUUGACCCAGCUGAACGCCAAACAGCUACAGCUGCAUUGAGGAGUGAAUUUUUUAGAACAAAACCAUAUGCCUGUGAACCUUCCAGCCUUCCAAAAUAUCCACCCAGCAAGGAAAUGGAUGCUAAGCGCCUUGAUGAAGAAGCUAGAAGACUUAGAGUUGAUGGAAGAAGAAAUGCGGACGUGGUGAGAAGAUCUCGUCAACGUGAUCGAGCAACAAAGGCAAUCCCAGCUCCAGAAGCCAAUGCAGAGCUGCAAGCCAACAUUGAUAGGCGUCGUCUUAUUACACAUGCAAACGCGAAGAGCAAGAGCGAGAAGUUUCCUCCUCCACACCAGGAUGGAACGCUAGGAUAUCCGUUGGGCUCAUCCCAUCAUCAUCACAUCGACACAUCUCUUCAUCCUCCCGAGGUUCCGUUCACAUCCAUCAACUUCUCAUAUUCUAAAGAUCCCAUCCAAACUUGGUCAGGCCCCUUGAGGGAACCAGCAGCUGCUGCAGUAAAUCCAAGGAGAAGGUCAAAGCCAUCCAAGAAGGAUUCUCAUAAAGACAAGAAUUCUGUAAAGUUUUAAAGAAAAGGAAGUAGUAUACGAUAGCCAUGCAUUUCAUCUACAAUUGGAGCAAAAAUUACCAUAUUUUUCUUAUAUACAUAUUCGCGGGGAAAACAUUACUGUUGCACAGGUAAACUACUGUUUUACUGGAUGCUCAGCUAUAUGUGUAAUUCUUUGGGAAGUCAGUUGGAAACUUCUGAAUAUGCAUUCCUUAUAAUUUUCAUUUCUAAAUAAUAUUAAGAAAUAUGCAUUCCUUAUAA